AUGGACUUCUCUCUGGGCCUACGUUUGGGGCCUCGGAACAAGAAGGCCAGCCACCAACAGCCCCCUCCACCCUCCGGGCACGGCCCACCAGCUGCCUCCCCUUGUCUGUCCUGCCCCCCCUCCGCCUGUGCCUGCCCCUGCCCUGGCUGUCCCCCUCCCAGCUGCUCCGGCACUGCCUAUCCCUAUUACGCAGCUCCCUGCCCCUCCUGUCCCGGCCUCCCUGGCCCACCCUGUACCUGCCCCUGCCCACCCUGCCCUGCCUGUCCCCCCUUGACUUGUCCCCUCAGUUCCUGCAGCCCCUGCUCUGCUCCGCAUUUGACCUGCUGCCACCCCUCUCCCUGCCCCAUGUACCCUUGCUCCAGGGGUCAAGCCGCCUGUUCCAGCUCCUGCUUGGGCUGCAGUGACAGCUGCGGCCGUGGCCGGGGGGCUGCCCGGGGACCUCCAGGCUCCGCCGGCCGCUGCAGCUGCUGCUUCAGGGGACACCGCACCUCUCGACACUGUCUGAUAGUCUAG